AUGUCCAGUUUCAAUGAGCCUAAGCUCAAUGAUCUCAUUCCCACCCUCACCGGUGCUGAAACUUCGUCUCCUGGAACAACUCUCUUCGCUGGGCUCUCGACGUACGCGAUAAGCAACUUUACGAGCUUCUUAUUGCCAGUUCCUACUAUCAUCCCUGCAGCCCCCGCAACUGCAACCACUCCUGCGAUCCAAGCAGCCACAACUGGACCUGAUCCAGCCGAACUGGAGGAAUGGGAGACUAAGUCACGCUUUAUUAUUCCCUGGAUCAACGCAAAGAUCUUUGAUAAUCUCAAGUGUUACAUUGACACCGCUGAGAACGCUUUUGUUGCCUACAAUAAUCUUCGUCAAGCCUCCACCUCACUGAUCUUAACUGGAUUCGUUCGUUAUGUGAAAUGCACUAGUUUAUUCUACCAUGGAACCAAGCAGGAUCCCCAGGACUUCAUCAAUCGCUGGCGAGCCGCUCUAGAAGAGGCUUCUCGGUUUUGUGGUCCUUUCCCUAGCCGGCACAUCUACUAUCAACUUCUAAUCGCGAUCGGAUACACCAAGGAUAUACGCCAGUGGCUGGAAUUACUCGAGCAAGACCCCUUGGCCACUUGCGAAUCGAUUUUAAAGCAGACAUACGCGGACUUUGUGACCUCUGAGCAUAGUCGCCUCCCCCCCUGGCAAUACCAAUCUGUUCAUAUGUCCGCUCUUGAUACUAAUUCUGCUUCCUCUCCCUCCAAGCAUGGUCGCGUGUCACAAUACUGCGAGUUUCACAAGAGCAGGGCUCUACACUCCACUGAUGACUGCUAUCUCAAUCCUACCACCUGCAACAACCUUCAUAACGACGGUAUGGAAUGGGGGGGUCCCCUUUUGCUACAUCUUCAUUUCUUCUGCAUUAGGCAUCAACGGUAUGGUCAAAUUGCUCUCUCUCAUGUCGGUUCGUGA